UUGCAUAGUAAAAGUGGUCCGUACAGAAUAAAAGACCUCACCACUACAAUGUCAAGCCACAACGCAGCACAGCCACCGAGGGAUCUUACCAAGCAGCAUUCAUGGUCGCAUGAUGUGAACCGCAACGAGGCUUGGCUGCGGAAGAAAAAGAAACGAUCAGUGGAUCUCAUUCCUCGAAGCAAGAGCAUUACGAACGACGAUCUCGAGGAGCUUAGAGGUUGCAUAGAGCUUGGGUUUGGGUUUGAGCCAGAUUCUCCUGACACGAAUCAAAGGCUUACCGAUAUAAUCCCGGCUCUAGAUUUGUACUGUGCUGUUCAUAGACAAUACUCUGACCAUUUGUCCCGGACUUCGUCCUUCGCAUCGGAACCUGACAGCAGCAGCUUUAGCACCACAACGGUUGUUGACAAAGGUGAUGAUUGGAAGACAAUUAAGCAGAAGCUGAAGCAAUGGGCUCAAGUGGUAGGUUUUACGGUGCGGCAAGCCAGGAAACCAAGUUGAUGCUCUUCGAAUUUCUUCUGAUUAUGCACAAAACAAAUGGAUAUGAUGGUAA